AUGUCAGCGCAGAUUGAGGAGCUCUCCGAGCCCAAGCAGGAGCUGGUGAACGGCACCGCCGAUGCCGCCGAGCCAACUGCCACUGCCGCAGAUGGAGAUGGAGAUGUAGAGCAGGAGCAGCCCGUCAUGCUGUCACCCGUCACCAUCCGCCUACCCUCUCCAAGCCACUCCCGCACGCUGCCUAAGAAAGCAAGCAAGGACGAGGUCUUCCACACCAUUGACCUCACUCCCCAGCAGCACGAGACGGUCCAGGAGCUCAAAUUCGCCAUCAACGAGUGGGUCGGCGGGUACUGGCUUGGCCCGUAUUCGCUGCGCCUACCAUCGGCAAAGCCUGCUGUCAACGGCGAUGAGGCAGACGCUGCGCCGAAGGUCAAGGAGGGAGUAGACGUACGGGCCGGCGAGAAGCUCAGCGAAUGGUUGGAGAUCGGGGACGUAUUUGCACACCUUGGCAAAGGCGAGCAGCGAGUGCUUGAGGUCGUCAGAGAACCCUACUCGGACUUUACGGCUCGUCAAUCCGUUCUCCGACUCGUCGAGCUCAUCGCUCCGGCAGGCACCUCCGCUCACACCCUCUCUGCCCCCUUCGGUCUCAUCCCCGGCGCUACCAUUUUCGAAACCGUUCGAGAUGGCACAGCGACCUCGUCGUCCGAGCCCAUCUACCAGGAGGUCGAGGUUACCGUGCCGUCAGGACGCAAGGGCAAGGCAGGGAAGAAGGAGGUUAUCAAGGUCAAGCGUGACGUCGCUCAGGACACCACCAACCCCUUCGCCGACUGGAAGCCUGAAUGGGAGACGAGCGAGUAUUCCAAGCUCGCUCUCUCCAGUCCGCCGAUCGACGUCCAGCCGUCGCUCCGGGCGGUCCAGGUCAGCCCGUUCAACCCACCAUCCCCGUACCUCCGCCAACAGGGACAUCAGCUUUACCUCCAGGUCACUUUGCUGGAAGGCGAGACCCUCACUCUCGUCUGCACUGCGCGAGGGUGGUACGUCUCCAAAUCCAACGUCAACACCUUUGACCCUACACCACGCUCGGAAAUUACCCACUCCCUCAUCGAUCUCAUCCACUCUCUCUCCCCCUUGUUCUCAGAACGGAUCUCUCUCCUCCAACCGCUGAGCACUACCCCACCGCCCUUUGAGCCUAUUUCUACCGUCCCCGUACCUCAAACGGAACCAGCCUACUCUUUCCUGGCUCCUAUUCCAAAACCCGCCGCCUCUGCCGACGUCCUCCGCACACAGCUUGCGUACCUUCAUACCGGCGCAAGUACGGCGGACGCGCUCGACUCUGCUCGCGAUUGGAACGAGGAGUUCCAGGGGAUCAAGGAGCUGCAGCGGGAGAGUAUUCAGGAGAGGGUACUGCGGGAGAAGAUGGCGCAAAAGACAUGGGCAGAGUUCACACAGGCCUCGAUACGUGCCGUCUUGGCUAUCUCUCGUGGCGAUAUUCCCGCUUUGAACCCCAACGAAAACCCCCGAUGCCAUAUGUGGCUCAUGUCCAACAUCUUUAUCACUCGCGCUGUCGACUGCAUCGAUAUUUACCAACAUCUCGGCGGAGACGCUGCCGCGUGGGUAUCGCAUGCCAAGGACGCGGCGGGUGUCAAGCUGCUGAACAAGGUGGAUGUGGACGGUGUGCAUCUCCUCGGACACACGGUGGUGGAUUGGGGAGGAGAGCGAUGGGUCUGCCAGACCAUGCUGCCUGGGAUCUUUUCCCGGCGGAUAGGCGACGAGGAGGCCAAGGAGGCCGAGAAGAAGCCGGAGGUGAAGGAGGAUGGGGAGAAGGAGGACUGGGUCAAGGUUCAGGACUCGCCAAAAUCUGCCAAGACCGAGCCCAAGGAGGAGGGUGCCGAGAAGGAGGAGGAACUCCCAGAGAACCCUCUGAUUAUCUACGGUGUCGACUCGGAACGCUCGACCGUCCUUCAUUGGGAAGAACCUACGCACAAGGUCAUGUCCAAGCUCGCAUCGGCUUUCAAGCUCGCCGAGCACAAAGUCACCGACGGUCAGGGCGUCGAGCGCGACUUUUUCGCUUCGAGCGAAGUCAAGGCGUUGCGCGGUACGGACGGGCGGCGAUACCUCCUCGAUCUGCCCCGGCUUAUGCCGGUAGAUGUGGAAUGGUUGGAGAAAGACUAUGAGGGGAAGCUCGCGGGGCCAGAAAAGGAGGUUGAGGGAGAGAAAUAUCCGCAUCGGAUGGCUUUGUUGCGUCCGGAGCUGGUCGAGCAGUUCUGGGAGAGCGAGCUCAAGCGGUGGGCUAGGAGCUAUGCGCAGCAGCAGCAGGCCAAGGCGGACAAGGAUAAGGUGGUGGAUGAGAAGCCUACCGAGGCUGAAGCCGAGACCUCUGAGGAUGUCGACAUGGAGGCCAAGGAGGUCGAGGGGUCACCGGCGGCCGAGGCUGCCGCUGCGCAAAAGGCCGAGGAGGACAAGCCUGUGGACGCCGAGGUCGUUGGCGAGUCUAUCAAGCAGUUCGACCUCCGCUUCAACCCCGACGCAUUCGUCGAUCUUGCCCCCAAGAAGGGCUCGGGGGACAUGUCGGUCUAUAUCCCCUCUACAACCACGGAUGAGUCGGACCCGGCCAUCAAGGCUGUGCGCGAUGCCUCGGUCUUCCUUCGUAACGUCGCCCUGCCCGCGUUCACGCUGGACAUCAUGAUGGCCAACGUCUCGGGGGUCAUGGAUGGCCAAUCUCUCUCCCGCGCCAUGCACCUGCGCGGUAUCAACAUCCGGUACCUCGGUCACAUCGCCGCUAGCAUCUCUAGCUUUACUGUCCAGCAGGACGGGUCGGCACGCAAGGAGAAGGGUCACCUGCUGUCAUUCGGCAAGAUCGUCGAGCAAGAGAUGAUUUUCCGCGCGGGCAAGCAUAUCCUCCGUAACCUCAUCCGCGGUCUCUCGGCCGAACACAUCCCUUGCGCCGUCUCGCACUUCCUCAACUGUCUUAUUGGGACAGAUGUCUCGGCGUCGCCAAAGGCGGUAUAUCACUCCUUUGGUCUUUCGGACGAGGCCGAGCCCGCCUACACUCAGCUCACAGCCGAGUCGCUCCGGAAACAGGUCGUUGCCGAGGUGGAACGGCGGUUCCGAUGGCGGCUGGACGACGAGGCCUUUGAGGGCAGGCUGCGGAAGCGCCACCUCUUGCGCGAGUUUGCGAGUCGAUUCGCGUUCCAGUUGUUGCAGCGGGACUAUGUGUUUGAGGCGGGUACGCAGGAUGGGGUCUUGUCAGAGGAUGACAAGUUGGCGGGGAAGAAGGACAAGAAGCAAAAGGCCAAAUCGGCGCCGAGCGUCCGGACGACUACCAUCGAGCCGUCAGAUAUCUUGACUAUGAUCCCCAUCAUCCGAUCUACCGCACCAUCCGCAUCUGUACCUGAAGAGGUCAUGGAAGCGGGCCGGAACACCGUCCAGCGCAAUAACAUCGAUCUCGGCCUGGAACUCAUGCUCGAAGGCGUGCAGUUUUACGAGAACAUCCACUCCAUCAUCCACCCCGAGGUCGCCGCGGCCUACAACCAGUACUCGUCCACCCUCUACCAGCUCGCCCGGGUUAAGAUCCAGCAGAUGACGUCCGAGAACCUGGACGCGGAAUCGCCGCUCGGUCUGGAUAUCGGGACCGGGAUCCGGCUUCAGCGUCAGGCGGUCAUCAUUGCCGAGAGGACGUUGGGUGUGUAUCAUCCCACGACGGCCACGUACUACUUCAAUCUCGCGAUGCUGGAGAAUCUGGAGGGGAACACCCAGGCAAGCUUGAGGUACUUUAGGCAUGUCUUGACGGUCUGGGAUGUGGUAUAUGGUCCAGGCCACCCCGAGAUCAAUACUAUCCUCAGCAACGCCGGUGUUGUGCUCCAAGCGAUCAACGAGAACGCCCUCUCCCUCAACCUCCUCCUGCAGGUCCAGCGGUCCUCGGAAGAAACCUUUGGUUCGGACCACCUCUCGAACGGCCACGCUCUGCACCAACUCACCCAGGCCUACUUCCUCGUCAACGACGUCCCGAAAGCCCUCGAGGUGUCUCUGGCGGCAUACGAGAUCUUCAAGGCGCGCGUAGGGGAGGAGAACCAGCAGACUAAGGAGGUCGGUCGCAAUGUCGAGCUCUUGCAGGUCGUCGUUGAGAAUGUCGAGAGGCAGAAGGCGAAUGCGCAGAUGGCCAAGGACAGGGCGGCGGAGCGGCUACAAGCGGCCCAGGCGAGAGUGGCAGCUACGACCAGGCGCCGGCCUAUUGUCGGUCCUCCUUCGACUGGGAUGGCGGGGAGCCUUACGGCAGGCACGUCGGCGGCUGGAGCGGCGGCAGCGGCGGCCAAGGCGGAGCAGGCGGUCAGGGACGCGAGCAGGAUAGGGGAGAAGGGACACCUGGACGUCGAUGAGCUCGUCAAGUUUAUUGAUGGGCAGGCACCCAGCGGUGGGGCGAAGCGCGGGAAGAAUGCGCUGAGGGGGAAGAGGAGGACAGGGGCGAAGCGGUAA